UGUUCAAAAGUUUAGAAUCCUCGCCGCCAGAGUUCGCAAACUUGCCCAAAUCGCCCAUCGCUUCCGCUCACUUCUUUUCCGUUCGCUUGCCUUCAGGUCCAAGUCGUUGUCUCUGAUUUUAGUCUGGUGAUAAAAAUGAGUGAAACUUUGCAGCUGAAAGGCACCCUUUUGGGGCAUAAUGGGUCGGUAACCCAAAUUGCUACAAAUCCCAAAUACCCCGACAUGAUUUUGUCUUCAUCGAGAGACAAGACACUCAUCGUUUGGAAACUAACCCGCGAUGACACCCAAUAUGGAGUCCCCCAAAAGCGUCUUCACGGCCAUUCUCACUUCAUUUCCGAUGUGGUUUUAUCCAGUGAUGGAAACUACGCCUUGUCCGGAUCCUGGGACAAAACCCUUCGUCUUUGGGACUUGGCCGCUGGCAAAACAACCAGGAGAUUCGAAGACCACACUAAGGACGUGUUGAGCGUCGCUUUCUCCGUGGACAAUCGUCAAAUUGUUUCUGGAUCCCGGGACAAAACUAUCAAGCUGUGGAACACAUUGGCUGAAUGCAAGUACACAAUUCAAGAUGAAGGACAUUCUGACUGGGUAUCUUGUGUAAGAUUCUCGCCAAACCAUGCUAACCCGAUCAUCGUAUCAGCUGGUUGGGAUCGUAUGGUUAAGGUGUGGAACUUGACCAAUUGCAGACUAAAGAUUAACCACUCUGGUCAUGCUGGCUAUUUGAACACUGUAACCGUCUCUCCCGAUGGCUCUCUUUGCGCAUCAGGAGGAAAAGACUGCAAGGCUAUGCUAUGGGAUUUGAAUGAUGGCAAACACUUGCACACUUUGGAUCACAAUGACAUCAUCACCGCUUUGUGCUUCUCGCCAAAUAGGUACUGGCUAUGUGCCGCCUACGGUCCCUCAAUCAAGAUCUGGGACUUGGAAAGCAAGGAAAUGGUUGAGGAACUCAAACCCGAAGUCGUCUCUCAAUCACAAGGUUCCAAAGCUGAACCUCCACAGUGUUUGUCUCUUGCUUGGUCUACUGAUGGCCAAACUUUGUUUGCCGGAUACUCAGACAACAUUAUCAGAGUAUGGCAAGUCAGUGUUAGCGCACAUUAAGUUUCUAAUUUGAAAGGAAAUGUGAUCAAGUGCAAGACUUUCAAUAAAAGUUUUUAAGCUAA